GGGUGGGCGGGAGGGGGGCAGGGAUCCACCCCCCACUCCUGCUUAGAUGGUCUCCCGCUUGCCUGUCAAGAGACCCUCACAAGCUGUGACCCAGAUUCCCUGCACAUGCUCGCCCGGCUGUGCUCGGCCACGUGCUGCUGGUUAAUUUCACAACCCCCCUAGGCCAGACUGAAGAGUGGGUGGCUGCAGCUCAUCCCACGUGACACUGGUCGGGGUUAACCCAGGUACCCUGGGGAAACUGCCACCCCCUGUCCCUCCACUUCUAGCCAGGUCUGCACCCUCCUGCCCCGUGUCCCCGGGGGAAGUUCUCCCAAAGCUCCACUCCGGGCUGCUGCGAGCCCCCACGUCCCUUUUCCCGCUGCAGCCUGGCGAUUUACACAGCCCACCUUGCUCCCGCCGGAGCGGCCAGUCUCAUGUCUUCGGGACCUGUGCAGCGUCCCCCGACCCACUGCCUCAGCAGCCGUGCACCCCAGCAUCCCGGCUUCCCCUCGGUUCAGCCCAACGCCCCUUAUACAAAGCACAAACCAAGCCGGCGUCUUCUGAAAAAAGGCCCAAGGUGAAGAGUCUGCUAAAAGCCAGGGGGAAGGCUUUGAAAACAAGCUUCUGGGCAAAAGGAAAACAGAAUUGGCAGUCGCGGGCCUGCCCUUAUUAACAGUCCCUUUCCUGGCUGAUCAGGGAUCCCCUUGUUGACAGCCCUUGGCCACCUUCCACGAGACACUUCUGCUGGCAGGGGAUCUCCGUAAUGGAGCACGUCUGUGCCCUUUUUCCUCCUCUGCCAGGCACUGACUUUUAGCCUCCUUUCAGCAUCAGGGUGAUUCGCGAAUGUCCUGGGGCCCCAAGGCUCCCCCGUUCAGAAUCCAUUCUUCAGGGCGCUCAGGCCUGCCCUGGCUCCAGACUGCAAGCACAGGGCCAGGCGGGCUGGGAAAAGGCGGCUAGAUCGUACGCUUGGCUGGGGUUAGCUGCGACCCUCAGGGAGCGGCCUUCAUCCCCAGCAGUUUCGGAAGGGAAUAGUCUACCUGGUACCUCCCGCUGAAAAUAUGUCCUGUACAAACAUCUCGCUUUGCUCCUCCCUCACCUUGGGGAACUAUCAGGUGUAACGUACCUGCCUGCGCAUAUCGGUGUCAGUCGCCGUCAUCCCGUUCAGGCCACUCAGCCCUGUUCCAAACAUUCUUCAUCAAUCAUCACUGCUCCCGAAAGGGAAGCAAAUCUGAGCCCCCUCGGCUUUCCCAAGCGGGGAAAAGUUGUGACGGGCAAGGCAGAGCUCAGGCGAUUCUCCAGAGCCACGCUGCAGCCAGCUGAGACCUGCUCCCCCCAGCACAGCAGCAUCUCCCAUGUGUGGAUUGACCAGACCCCCUGGGCAGAGUUGGUGCAGCGGCGACAGUGCCUCUGGCUGGCUCCAUCAGCAGGGAUUGAACCCACAGCCUUUGCAGCUGGCUCCUUCCUGUUUGUCAGUCUCGGCCAGGUGGUGUUUGCUUCUGGUGCUGGGCGAACAGACUUGCUUCUCCCUCGGUCUGAAGCUGUCUGGCGACCCCGCUGGAUGGUGCUUCUGCCUACGAGGAGCUUUUGGGAAGGAAACGGCUCCUCCCACCUCUCCCGAAAGGGCCUGGAUCCGGGGCAUCCCAGGAUGCGUCUGGUGCAGAAGUCCCUGUGCCUGCUGCUGGUGGUCACCGCGUCCCUGGCCCUGCUGUACCUGCACGUCUGGUCGCCCAAGCCCUACAGCGCGGUCGAUCUGCGCAACCGGCCAGACCGAGUCCCCGAGCAGCUGCUGGGCGAGCCCUUGCUGGGCCCCUCCAACAAGUUCGCCCACAUCCCCUUCCGGCUCAAGGAGGAGAUCGUCGAGCUGCUGCCCAGGAAUUCGUGUUCGUGCGAGGUGGCGUCCGGCAGGAAGUUGCCCUUCCCCAAGCAGCUCUUCAGCCAGCUCUUCUCGCUGGAGUUCGCCACGGCCUUUGGCCCCGCGGAGCUGGCGCAGAUCCACAGCAGCCGGGAGCUGGAGUACCAGAGCUACCGGCAGCGGACCCAGUCUCCCGCUGAGCAGCUGCUGAUCGUCAGAGCCAACUCCCCGCUGGAGUACCCCGCCCAGGGCGUGGAGGUGCGCCCGCUCCGGACCAUCCUCAUCCCAGGGCUCAGCUUGCAGGCAGCCAGCAGGAAGCUGUACAAGGUGACCCUGAUAGCCACCCUGGGCACCUUCGACGUGGCGGCGAUGGUGGAGGGGGUGAAGGCGCAGGGCGAGGGGGAGACGCGUCUCUCGCUAUUGGCCACCCAGCUGGACAACCUCAACCGCCAGCUGCAGUUCGUCACCUACACCAACACGCUUUUCCACCCCAACACCGCAGACACAGUGCAGUUUGCCACCGAUGGGCACCAGGCAUCUUUCACCAUCCGAAUCCGCCAUGCGCCCACACCCAAGCUCUAUAACCCGGGCACCCCAGGCGACGGCGGAGAUUACAACAUCAGCGCCCUGGUCACCAUCGCGACCAAGACCUUCCUUCGGUACGACAAGCUGCGGGCGCUGAUCGCCAGCAUCCGUCGCUUCUACCCCACGGUGACCAUCAUCAUCGCGGACGACAGCCAGCACCCCGAGCCCGUGGGGGGGCCCCACAUAGAGCAGUACUUCAUGCCCUUUGGCAAGGGCUGGUUCGCGGGGCGCAAUCUGGCCAUUUCCCAGGUCACCACCAAGUACGUGCUGUGGGUGGACGAUGACUUCAUCUUCACGCCCCGCACCAGGGUGGAGAAGCUGGUGGACGUGCUGGAGAAAACCAGCCUGGACCUGGUGGGGGGCGGAGUGCGGGAGAUCACGGGGGUCACCACCACCUACCAGCAGAAGAUCAGCGUGCAGAUGGGGGGCGAGGAGGGUGACUGCCUGCAGACACGCCAGGGCUACCACCACCUCCUCGAGGGCUUCCCCGGCUGCGUGGUCACCGACGGCGUCGUCAACUUCUUCCUGGCCCGCACGGCCAAGGUGCUGGAGGUGGGGUUUGACCCCCGGCUCAGCCGCGUCGCCCACCUCGAGUUCUUCAUCGACGGGCUGGGCGUGCUGCACGUGGGCUCGUGUGCCGAUGUGGUGGUGGAUCACGCCUCCAAGCUCAAGCUGCCCUGGCAGAAGUCGGAGAGCGAGAAGCAGUACGCCAAGUUCCGCUACCCCACCUCGGGCGACAGCAGCGUCAGCGUCAAACACGGCCUCUUCUACUUCAAAAACCACUUCAAGUGUAUGACAAGCAACUAGCCACACCGGGCUACCAGCCUCGCCCUGCCAGUGAGCCGGACCCCAGGGAGAGCCGCCCCUCCCCCAUGGAGCUGGGGCUUUUUAUCCUUGUACCAGGCCAGGGAGCUGACCCCUGCUACCCCAGCUCUCCCGUGCCUCCAGCCCCAGUGCCAUCCCUACGCCCUGUUGUCUCCAUGGGGGGGGGGAGGCUCCCCCACUUUCCCAGCAGGCCCUAGAGGAAUCCACAGAUGCACAGUGGGAUACUGGGAAAUUCCCUGGAUUGCCUGGGAAAACCUCCCAGCACCCCGGUGGCCGAGCCCCCACUUUCUCCAGGAGAUGCUGUUUUCUACUGGACAGACCUGCCCCCGUUCACGGCCAGAUUUCUCCAGCGCCCCCUCCCAGAAGAGAACCAGCACAGUCCCUGCCCCUCCCAGCUGCCCCAGGACAAGCACCAGGGCCCCAUUUUAUUUUGUGCCAAGUGGUUAUAGCCCCAGUCCACCCCCAUUGCCGUCCCUGGGAGAUUUCCAACUUCAAGUGCCAAAGACUGCAAUGGGUGUCGGGGGACGGCCCCUCGAGCAAGGGGAAAGGCUGACGCCCAUGGCUAGGGGGCGGGCAUGGCCGGGGAGGGGGCUAGUUAUUCCAAGUGCCGGUCCGAGGCUGAGGUCUCUUUUGGAGCCUGGGGAGACUACGCAGAAUCCAAGAGCAUGGGCACAAGGCGAAGGGCCGACCUCAUCUUUGCCCCCCACGCCAGCUGGCCCCAGCCCCACACUGCUCACAGAAGGCCCCACAGGUACAGCAUUGGAUGAACAGAGGAUUCUGGCUUCUAAUCCAGGAUAGCGGUGGGGGGGGGGGGCAGGAGCUGGCUGGUCUCUGCGGGAACUGGAGGCAGGACGCUGGGACAGUUUGUGUCGUGUGUGCAUUUAAUGUGAGCGAGUGAGGAGCCGGGCACUGCCAGCCUGCACCCACAGGAGCCCCAAGGCUGGCAGAGGGGCUGCUUGAGUUGCCAUCCCCAGCUGCCAUUUUCUACAGGUGACAGAGAGGUGAGGUUUUAAGGAAAAAAAAGAUGUUUUUAUUUAAAAAAAAUUCUUUACCCUAAAGGUUCUCCAAGCCCCGCCCCCUUUGUUCUGAGCCCCCCCCCCGUCCUGCUUCCUACCGUUGUGUUUUAGCCGAACCAGAGAAAAAACUGUACUUUUUUUUAAAACGUUGGGCUCCGACCCAUUGGGGCAGUGACAUCAGAGGGACCAGCCCAUUGGGGCACCCCCCGCAGGCACAAACCCCACCAUGUCCCCCGCCAGUGGCCCAGCUCUGCAGGGUGCCUCUCCAGCAGCCCAGAGCCGGGGUUCAAGGGCAGUUUGGCACCAGCCCCUUGCUAGCAGGAUGAUAGUGUGAUGCCAGCCUGGGGCUGGGGCAUGUUAUGGGAGGGGAGCAGGAGUCACAGGCUGAGGGGACAGAUGCAGCCUGCAGAGCUGGUGCUGGGGGCCAGGGCCAGCAGCCAGCCACAGUGUGUGUGGGGAAAAUAAUUCCCUGGACCCCCUCUCAACCCUCUCCGGCAGAGGGUGGGAGGGCUGGAUGCAGGGGCCCCCCCAAAGGCAGGGAGAGGCCCCUAUGUGCCAAAGCACAGUCCCUACUGUCCCUUCCCUGCAUGAAGUGGCCAGGAGCACCUGCCCUAAGGCCAUGCCAGCCUGUGACACCAGCAGCCAAAGCCCCCCCCAAGCACAGACAAUUGGGGGAUGAUAAUAAAAUAAGGGAUUUUGGUUCUUUUCUGUGGUUUAAACCCUGUCUGUGAGUCUCUGUUGAGGGAGGUUAAAUUCCAGCUCCUGUCCUGGCCCCAUCACCUCGCAGCAGGGGUGGUGAAUCUUUCUUUGCCCUGGCGCUGGGGAGGGAGGAGGGAUGAGGCACAGAGCCCCACCCACCCAGAAUGCCAGUGCCCCACAGCGUGCUCUUCCCAGCUGCAAAGGGCCAGCCCCCAGAACUGUCUUGGGAAAGGAAGGAACCCAGCAUCCUUUGGGGGCCACUGCCUCCACUGGCACCCAGACUGCCCCCCUCUUCUUCCCGGCCAGCACCAGCCCUGCCUGCAUGCAGCCAGCCAAGUCCCUCUGCCCUGCGCUGCUGCUGCCCCCCUGCCUGGAUCCACUUGCUGUAGGUCAGUCUGCCCUGGAGACCUGGGGCAGGAGGCUCCAUCCAUCCUGGGAGCAGGCAACUGCCCCAUCCCGGCUCUGUGGUCUGCAAACAACUCCUUGGCCCCCGGGUCCCGGGGAGCCCUGUGGGCAGAGCAGGAAUUCACAGCACCUGGCAAUCAACCUGCUUUUACGGCACAAGAGCCAGGCUGGUCCCAGGGGCCCUACAGGCCGGGCAGUG